AUGGUCGCCUUCGACAAGUGUGAAACUCGACCGGCCCAUAUCGAUGCCAUCCUUAAUGGCCUUGAUCGGUACAACCCGGAGACCACCACCGUCUUCCAGGACUACGUGGCUCAGCAGUGCGAGGACCGGACAUUCGACUGCUAUGCCAACCUGGCGUUGCUGAAGCUCUACCAGUUCAACCCUCAUCUUCUCCAGGUUGACACUGUCACCAAUAUCUUGGCCAAGGCCUUGACCGUGUUUCCUUCUCCCGCCUUUUCGCUCUGCCUCGCCCUCCUCCCCGCUCACACCCAGCCCUUCCCCACCACCUCCGAGGCCCAGGCCGCCUCGCAGACCUCCGAUUUCGUCGAAUCCGUGCAGAAGCUCUCCACCCUGUCUACUCUCCUUGAGUCCGCCCAGUACACUCAGUUCUGGUCGACUCUCAACUCGGAUGACCUGUACGCCGAUCUGACUGCCGACGUUGCCGGUUUCGAGGAGUUGGUGCGCAUCCGCAUUGCCGUUGAGGUCGGCAAGGCUUUCCGCUCCAUCACCGCCGAGUCCCUCGAGCAGUGGCUCGAUCUCCGUAGCCGCGAGGCCCUGGAGAAGUUCGUUGCCGAUGUCUGCAGCUGGAAGGUUGAGGGCAACGUUGUCCGCGUCCCCACCAACAAGGAGAACGAGGCCCGCAGCGAGGUCAAGAGCGAGCGCGUCGGCGUGGACAUGUUCGGCCGCGUUAUCCGCCGUGGCUUUGAGCAGCCCGCAUGA